AUAGUCCGUGAGUGAGAUCAUAUCCCGAUUUAAGAACAAUUCACUUCUUGAGAUGUGUAUUAAACGUAGUAAACAGGUCAGGGCGCAAACUCAGAAAGCCAGGUGCGGGCGCUCUCGUGGACGCCAAACCACAUGACACGAGCAACAUCUGAUCGCGGAAGUGCGACUUUUUUGGACCGUGGAAAAGGGGGUUAGUCUGGGGGGAGGAAAGGAAGGCAGAGCUAUAAGAAAAAUUCGUGACAUUGCUCGACGUUUAAAUGAGCCUGGCGAGACAGGGCGGUUUGUCCAUAUCCGGACCGUCUUUGUUCCUCAAAUGUGAUAAUUUAAAAAGUUGAUCUAAAAGUGCUUUAGGAGAGAGCGGGACCGGAAUCGAGAGGCCGAGAGGAAGCGAGUGGCCGGUGUGAUGAUGAAGCGAUCAAUGGACAGAAAGGAAAAAAAGACUAUAAAAGAAAAGAGAAGACAAGUUAUUGAUUGUGAUAGAGAGACGUGGGGAGACUUAAACAGAAUAUAAGGACACUAAGACGGUGAACAGUCAUCAUGGAGCUCGUCCCCAAAACCAAAUAUACACCCUUCAGGAGCGACUCCUUCAGCUCGACAGACGAGACGACGUCCAAUCCUUCUCUUCCUUCUUCCGCUCCUCUCACUCCUCUCACUCCCACUGGCAUCCCUCCUUCUCUCUCAUCCUCCUCCCUCACCCCCAUCCUCCCUCCUUCCUCUCCACGGCAGGCUGAGAAUAGCCCCACCACCCUCUGUUCCUUCUUUCCCAGGAUGGGAGCCCUGCGGCUGGGUGUCUCUACCACUCUGCUCCCUGGCCUGAAGGCCUCUAGCAGGCCAGCAGGUGCGGCGGGCGGUCAGGGAGGUUUGGGUGAAUCUCCCGAAGACGCCGGUACCGCCGCCGCCAGUUGUUCUCCUCCUGUCCUUUCUCUAACAGCCCCGUCUCCUCCUCCUCGUCCCCCACAGGAUAUGAACCGGCUGGGCGGGGCCUCGCGGAGGGCCCGUGUGGAAGGGGGCCAGCUCGGCGGAGAUGAAUGGACGCGGCACGGCUCCUUCGUCAACAAGCCUACGCGAGGUUGGCUGCACUUGGACAGUGUUGUCAGCACCACUGGGGUCUCCUACACUGUCAGGUAUAUGGGCUGUGUGGAAGUGCUGCAGUCUAUGAGAGCACUGGACUUCAACACCAGAACUCAGGUUACCAGAGAGGCAAUAGCUGUCGUGUGUGAGGCAGUGCCAGGUGCCAAAGGAGCUCAACGCAGAAGAAAGCCCACCAUCCGAUGUCUCUCCUCAAUCUUGGGGAAGAGCAAUCUUCAGUUUGCUGGAAUGCCCAUCAGCCUCACCGUGUCGACCAGCAGCUUGAAUCUUCUGGCAGUUGACUGCAAACAGAUUAUCGCCAACCAUCACAUGCAGUCCAUCUCUUUUGCAUCAGGAGGAGACCCAGAUACAGCGGAGUACGUAGCCUAUGUCGCCAAAGACCCUGUCAAUCAGAGAGCGUGUCACAUCCUGGAGUGUUCCGAGGGCUUGGCUCAGGAGGUCAUUAGCACCAUCGGUCAGGCUUUUGAGCUGCGGUUUAAACAGUACCUGAAAAACCCCCCUAAACUAGUCACCCCUCAUGACCGGAUGGCUCCAUUCGAUGGGUCAGCUUGGGAGGAAGAGGAAGAAGACCUGGCUCCACCCCCAGACGUUCCGUAUUAUAAUAACUUUCCCGGCAAACAGCCUCCUCCUGGAGGUUUGAUUGACAUGAGGACCCGACCUGGCAACAACACAGGAUCCACACUGCCGUAUGGACAGCCCAGCCAGAACGAGAUUCACAAGCAGCCAUUACCUCCUUUACCCGCGGGUGUCAAGGAAGGAGGCUUGUUUGAUGACCCUUCGUACGUUAAUGUGGAUAAGCCCCGUCCUCCAGCAUUGGGAGCAGCCAAUGGAAAUGCUCACCGAGAUGCAUUUGAUAUGAAACCAUUUGAUGAUGCUUUAGGGGUGUCAGGUGCAGUGGCGCCCCCUCUGGCAGAGCAACUGCAGAAUGAGCCCUGGUUCCAUGGGCCUCUAAGUCGGAGACAGGCCGAAAGGCUUUUGACCAAGGAUGGAGACUUCCUGGUGCGGGAGUCAGGCACCACACCAGGCCAGUACGUCCUUACUGGACAGCAAGGCGGUCAACCCAAACACCUGCUUCUAGUGGAUCCAGAAGGCGUGGUACGCACCAAAGAUCACCGCUUCGAGAGCGUUAGUCACUUGAUUAGUUAUCACAUGGACAACAGGCUACCAAUCAUCUCAGCAGGAAGUGAGGUGUGUCUGCAGCAGCCAGUUGAGCGCCGAAUUUGAGAGAAACUUGAUUUCUUCUCCACCUUGCUUAGAGAGAAACCAUCUUUGUUUCCCGACUUUUUUUAAAGAACUGUUUUUUCAGCUGGGAGUAUAAGCUAUUUAUAGCAAAGUCAUAGAAGAAAAGAAACACAUGAAUUUUACUGCAUCAACUUCGAACCAUGACAUUUUAAAGCGAUGCAAUCAUUAUACUCAAAGACUUACAAACAAAAUAAGGGUGAGAUGUCUAAAAAAGAAAAUUAACCAGUAAUAGAUGUGACAUCACAUCCUCAACAUAAUAUCAUGUCUUUAAAACAGAGGUGCACCUGUAACCAUGGCAACAGACUUGUGCAUUCAUGGAGUCUAGAGAUGAUGUACUAAAAUCACAGUACCUUUGUAGCACUAAAAAAAAUCACAUCGGAUGCAGUGGAUAAAAUCCAAAGACUUGAGACUGCUUCAUAUAGAUGAUUAGUUUAGAUUUUGAAGUUGCAUUCGAUUUGGGAAUCCUUGCAUUGUUGGGUGAAUAUGCAAAAUCUUUAAGACAAUACAAAGCUCACUCUACACUUACAGACCUAACGCCUCUGUUUCGCCAUUAAACGAAUAUGGAAUAUUACUUUGGAAGAGCUCCCGACAGGGAAUAACGCUUCGAGUUGCCUCUUAUUCUCACUCUGAAAAUGCCCUUUACAGAAUCCUGAUGUGAUCCUGGCAACGAUUAGGAAUUUUGGCCAUUUGGGAACACCCCUGAACGUAUGUGAAAGCUUUAGCAGCAUGCACAGGUGCUGUGUGGAAUUUUCCUUAUGCAAACAAGCAGAAGCUGGGAGGGACUUAUCCCAGGCUUUGUAAGGUAUAUUGCAGAUAUACUUGAUUACUUUUUAAAGGGAUGUUCCUUCUCCCCUUAACAUCAUCCUGAGAAAAAGGAGAGAAUGAACCAUAAAGUGCACUCAGUGGAUGUGGAUAUAAGUAUAUAAUCUACCAAGGAAAAUGGGCUGAACUGUAAAGAUUGAGGAAGACUUGUUGUACACUGAGUAUGAUGACAGAUGAAAGAGAUUUGUAUUUAAGCCUUCUUAUGAUGUCAUUUUAACCAAGAAUUUGAAUAUUUGUUGCAACGAUGUCAUUUCUUGAAGAGCAGACGUCAUCAUUAGUUUUAUUCUUCGUGCAUUGGAAAAAUGAGAGCAGAGACUAUAUUUUUUUCUCGACUUUUCUUGUGGCUGUUUCUUCUCUGUUCGCAUUGACAAUCGAUCUUCGUGUGUAUUGAAGUAUCUGUAGAUUCUGUACAAGCCUUUAGUCACAAGACAAAUUAAAAAAUAUGUGUGUUCUGGACAUGCUUCAAACAUUCACCAUGAUCACAUUGUCAUUCGGCUGCAUUUGAAUAUUGCAUAUUUUGGGUGUGGCAGAAUUGCUUGACUUUACUUGCCUGUCAAACUAUGGAUGCCUUCAUCUUGUAGAAAAUAAGCACUCCAAAUGAUUUCUGAUGGUUGUAGCGCUUUCGCAGCCACAAAGGACGGUUUCUGUAAAACCACAACCAGUAAGAGGAAGGACACAGUUUUUCCUUUAUUUGUUUUUUCCGAUUAUUUUUAUUUGUUCUGGAUUGUGCCUUUUCACUUAACUCAGACACAUAAAUCUAACAAAGUUCGCCUUUUCUAGAUCUACAGUAUGGACCUGACACUUUUUUUUUCUUAAACAACUGAUAAAAAAUCUGCAAAAAUGACACGUUGAGGUUUAAUACACAUUUGGGGAAACCAUCUUAAUUUUCCCUCUGCACGCUCUUUGCCUUGCUGUUAUAAUGUUCUCUUAGUUUAGUGCUGAUCUGUGGUUUAAAUAAAACUUCUUAGUAUCAAGUUAAGUCACUUAAGUAAACUGUUUCUCAUUGGUGACACUGGUGGAAAGCAAUGCUUAACACCACAUAAAACAACUUGUAAAUAAGCUUUACAUAUGCUGAUAGCUAUGUAGUUUAUGUCUGUAAGUAUAUUGUCAUUCACAGUGUAAAUCUGUCUAAUGAAUCUGUAGGGAGUUAGCAGAUUUAUAGUGGAUUGUACUGGGUCACGCAUCAUGAAGAUAACAGAAAACAUAGGUGUAGGAUUUCACAAUGUCAACAGUAACCACACUGUAAUCAUAAUAGUUUUUUCACACAGCUGCCACAAGUCUAUAGAAAUGAUGAGGUUGUGCUUAGUCACAUAUACAAAGACCCUUAACAGUCCAUAUGAGGAUGCUUUAUAAAUCUGAAAAUAAUACCUGAUGGCUUUAUUUUAUGUGAUCAGCCCUCACUUUAAUUUGAAUUUUAGCCUUUAAAUGUAUGCUUAUAGCAUAUAAAGAAUGGUUAGAUUUUCUGUUUGAUGUGCUGAUGGUAAGACUAUUGAACUGGUCAGUUAUUUUUCUAUUAGGUAUGUUUAUGAGAGUAUUUGUGUAUGAAAAUAUACUGUAUGUAUGGAGGGCUGAAACAUCUUCAAUUAUUGGGCUUUUGUGGCUCUUGCUUUUGCUCACCACCAAACUGUUUCUCAUUUUCAUAUUUCACAGCGGCCUUUUGUUGCAUGGAAUCACUUCCUGUUAUUGUGGUAAUGGUGACUUUUGUGCUGUGAUUGGUUGUUUGCUAUUUUUAAGCCAAAGGCUUUUUUCUUGUUUCUAUAAAUAUAAAGUUUUUUUACAUGUUUUUGAUUGUUUAAUAAUAAUUUUUUGUUGAUGUUCUUUGGGAAAAAAACAUAAAUGUUUACACCUGUAUUUCAAACAAUAGAUUAUAUAAAUACAUAUAUCAUUCA